CUUGAUUAGAUUUAGAUUAGAUUUCACGUAGUAUGCUAUCUUAUUGCUGGGGGAGGAACUCAGAUUUGUCUCAAAAAUGAGAUGCUUUCAAAGAUAUAAGAUCGCUGUCUGAUGGGACACUCUCAAAGCAACAUGUUGCAACAAGCGAUUGAUGGUGGUUAUUGCGGUGGUUGGUUGCUUCGUUGCUUCCCUGCCUCCAUGCCGAAGCUUGGAUGAACCAGCGACGAUGAUCAUCACUUGAUUUUUUGCCUGACAUUGACAAGCGCUAUUUCCCGAUCUUUGAAGCAACCAGCUACCCACCACAAAAAUAAUGUCUGCCCCCCACCCCGCCACUGUCGAAGCUGCUGCCCCACCACCUCCUACAGCACCUGUAGCCACAGAAGCAGUGGCCCAUCAAGCUCCUCCACCUCCCCAACCGGCGACUGCCCCAACGUCAGCACUUCCUGUUGUGGUUGCGGCUGCUCCUAAGAAACCGCCUGGAACGGCAGUUGUGGCGUCUCCUGCUCCUACACCUGUAGCUUCGUCCACUACUGCAGCUGCUCCUGCCCCGCGUUCUUCGACAUCCAAGUCCAAGAAAAAGAAGGCCUCGCCUGUUGUGACAAUGGCGACGGCUGCUGCUGCUCAAGGUGGCUCCACGGGAGCACAGGGCGAAAAUACUGGUCGUUGGACGGCCGAGGAACAUCGCUUGUUCCUUCAAGGUCUAGAGCUGCAUGGUAAAGGGUGGAAGAAAAUUGCCUCCUUGAUCAAAUCCAGAACUGUGGUUCAAAUUCGAACACACGCCCAGAAAUACUUUCAAAAACUCGCGAAGGCACGCCAAAAUGGCGAAGAAGGCGAGAUUGCCAUGGAGGGAAGGGGAGGACCUGCCUCUGUUACGGCUGUGUCUCCCAGCAUAGUUGCCCAAAAUGGGAAACGACGACGACAAGCUACCGGAACAAAACGAAAGGUUAUUCAAUCCGUGGUGGCAUCGGCUACCCGACAAGGAAAGAGAUUUGCGGCUGUUGGACCGGACGGGCAACCAUUGCCUCAUCCGGCUCCAGCCCUGGCCCACUUUGUUCUCCCUGUGGCUCCCUCGAACAGUGGAUCCAACUGUGUUCCGUCCAUUACCACAGCUCAAGGAACCAUCUCUGGCCCAGCCUUGGAAGAUUCUCUAUUUCGCUUCCUGACCCCGGUCCCUGUGGCAGCCGAACCCCAGGUGAAUGAAGUCGCUCGUUCAGCCGGGGCCAAUCCGAUUACCUUGCCAUCCGAAAAUCCUAGUGCUGCCCCCUCGGAUACAGCCUCCCCCACUGGAGUGACGGAGCUUUCUGUAUACCCUUCUUGGACCGAUGCCAAGGACACGCCGUCCUGGUACUCCAAGGGACAAGAUGUCGACGCUCUCUUGGAUGUGGGGGAUACCUUGGAUUGGCUGGCUGACUCGGGUGAUUUGCACGAAUCCUACCAGCCACCGGCGGCAGUCGAAUCGGCUCCUUGCGUCCCGGAAAUCGAUCAAACCCCACCGGAAGGAGAGAAUGCCAAUGCAGCUUCGGCGCAACCAGCCGCCCAAGCAGAGCCCCCUGUGGAACCCAACAACACGGAUAUGACGGUAUCGGCUCUUCCCUCGGUUGAUGCCAGCAAUGUCGAUUCUGUGAUUCCUCCUCUCCCUUCGCUCUUUGAUGGUUCGACGGAUGACAACCCGGAUUCGUUGAAGCCUGCUUCUGCUGUCAACAUGGACAAGACAAUGCCAUGUGACGCCAUUGAUGAUCAUCUGCAGGUCUUCGAUACACCCAUGGAGGAGCAUGACUUUGUCUCCACCAUUCUCGAGAACACCACGGAUAGUCAUGGUGAUUUGCCAGCCUUGAGUUAAGGUAAGGUGAAGCAAACUCUUUUUGGGAAAUGUGACGGUUCUUGUACCGAUAGAUACAUCGAGAAAUAAUUGCGUACUGUAGACGACUACUUACUUGCU